AUUCGUAACUUAGCAUCGAUCCCUUUUCUUUCUCUUAUAUUGUUUCCCUAAACAUAUAUAUCACAUUUUUUUCGAAAAGAAUUUAAAACAUUCAAAAAUGGCCUCAAGCUCUAUGAGCUCGAGCUCAUCUUGGACGUCUAAGCAGAACAAGAUGUUCGAGAGGGCUUUAGCCGUUUACGAUAAAGACACUCCCGACCGUUGGCAAAACGUGGCCAAAGCCGUCGGAAGUAAAUCGGCCGAGGAAGUCAAAAGCCACUACGACAUCCUCCUUGAAGAUCUCAUGAACAUCGAACAAGACUUAGUCCCGUUGCCUAAAUACAAAACCGUCGAUGCUGGAAGUAAAUCAAGAGGCAUCAAUGGUUUUGAUUUGAGGUUAAUGAAGAAUAUGAGAAUCCAAUGAGGCCUGUUACAUUGAUGUGAUGACCAUGCUAUGUAAAGAUUCAAAGGAUAAAUGUUUCUUCUUGCAAUCUUGCUUAAUGCUUACCAAUCGAUGAUAGUGCCGUUACCUUUUUUAUUGCGCUACUUAUUUAUUCAUCAGUUUAAUCUUAUAUAUGUCAUAUCAAAUCAUGUAGCGA